AUGGGGCUGAGCUACGGGCUCUUGCUUUGCCUCCUGCUCUGGGGAGCCCCAGAGCGGUGCUGCCCCUACCCUGUCUUGCUUUCCCAGCCUGGGUCCCCUGAGCCCGUGGCGGUGGAAUGUCUGGAGGCUCAGAUGGUGGUGACGGUCAGCAGAGACCUUUUUGGUACAGGAAAGCUGGUGCAGCCCGCUGACCUCAGCCUGGGCCCUGAGGGCUGUCAGCCCCUGGUCUCCCUGGACAGUGAAGUGGUCAGAUUCGAAGCUGGACUGCAUGAAUGUGGCAACAGCAUACAGGUGACAGAUGAUGCUCUGGUGUACAGCACUUUCCUGCUGCACGAUCCCAGCCCCGUGGGAAACCUGUCCAUCCUGAGGACCAGCCGAGCACAGGUCCCCAUCAAGUGCCGCUACCCCCGGCAAGGCAAUGUGAGCAGUCAUGGCAUCUUGCCCACCUGGGUGCCCUUCUGGACCACAGUGUCCUCGGAGGAGAGGCUGAUCUUCUCUCUGCGGGUGAUGCAGGCAAACUGGAGCGCUGAGAAGCCAUCCCCCACCUUCUACCUGGGCGAGGUGGCCCAUCUCCAGGCAGAAGUUCACACGAACAGCCAUUUUCCCCUGCAAUUGUUUGUGGACUAUUGCGUGGCUACUGCUACACCAGACUGGAGCUCCUCUCCUUUCCACGUCCUCGUGGGCUUCCAUGGCUGCUUGGUGGAUGGUGUCUUUGGCGGCUCCUCUUCAUUUCAAGUCCCCAGACCUGGCCCCGAGAUUCUCCAGUUCACCGUAGAUGUGUUCCACUUUGCCAACGACUCCAGGAACACGAUAUACAUCACCUGCCACCUAAAGGUUGCUCCAGCCAACCAAGCCCCAGAUCCAAUGAACAAAGCCUGUUCUUUCAACAAGUCUGCCAACAGCUGGUCACCAGUAGAGGGUGCCGCAGACAUCUGCAAAUGCUGUGACACUGGUAAUUGUAGCAGGCCAGACCAAUCCAGAGGCAUGAACCAUAGGUGGACCCAGGCACCCGAUGUGGCUUCGAGGAAGCGCAGACACAUGACAGAUGAGGCUGAUGUCACUUUGGGGCCGCUGAUCUUCCUGGGGAAGACUGGGGACUACGAUGUGGAGGGUUCCACCUCUCCUGCUCAUCCCUCCAUGGCGCUGGGCUUAGGCCUGGCCACUGUGGCGCUGGUCACCCUGGCCGGGAUCAUCAUGGGUCUGGCCAGGGGUUGUCACACUGCUGCCCACUCCAUGUCCCCUUCCCAAUAA